GUUUUCCCACGUGACAACAUUCUUCGUGCUUUGAACACAAUUUGCGAUAAUAACUGGUUAGGCAUCUCGAAUGGCCGGAUGGGUGCCAUAAAUGGUAUGAUGCCUGGCGGACGGGCCGAUAUCUCUUCUAUACAAUCAGAGGAGUUCUGGAUCGGGGUGAACUAUGCUCUUGCCUCUGUUUUACUUGCUGAGAUAGGGGGACCAAGAAGGUGUGGCUUUGGGUUUGGUCGCGUUCUUCCCUAG